AGCUGAUUCCUACGCUGCCAUUUUGUCCACGGUAGUAGACAGGCAGCAAGUGGAGCCAAGCCCUUACAUAUUCCUACAUAUUCAACAAGACGUGAAUAAUACAAAAGACGACGAUAUGAGUUGGAUGUCAAGGUUCAGUGGUUUCUGACGGGUGUUUUUUUUGUUGUUGUUGUAGUUUUUGUUGUUGCCAAUUUCAUGGAUAUAUAUCGGACCAAAUAGGUUAAAUUCAGGUGUUCCUCUCCUAGUACCGGACUCGGAGGAAGCAGGGUUGAGACAGGACGACACUAGGUAGUUAGAGGGUGUUGUGUUAUAGCAGGAAGGCCGGUCAACUGGCUGCUGUCUUCUCUCCGUCUACACAUCUAGUCUGAAGCUCAAGACAAGUUGGGGAAAGUUUGAUAGUUUCACGUUUGCCUAUUUUCGUUAUGUUUCACUCGAAACCCCCCAAAAAAGGGACCGGUCUUUUCGAGGUAACCGAAACACACAAAACCUCAGUGGAAGUUGAAUUCUGAAGAAGAGGGAUUUUAUUUGAGUAGUAACUAACUGUUUUAGCUAGUUUGGCUAAAAACUGUGAUCAUAAUUCAGGGUUGUUUCGCCAGUGGUCUUGUUAAAUUGACCCGUAGGUAUCCAGAUAGCUAGAGAUGUUUAUAUGUAGCCAGCGAGCUGACAUUUCUGUUUACAAAUUGCAUAGUGGGACUCAUUCGUGGUUCGAGCGCAGAAACGGAAAUAUUAGCUAACACAAAGCUAGUUUACUUGUUAGAUGUCAACCUUUUUGUUGCUGUUGUGUGUUUGGUUUGUUACUAUACAGAAUACCUUGUUAAUGAUAGCUAACGUUAACUAGUUAAGUUGUUAAUUGAUUUGCUUAUUCAAGACAUAAUAACAUAUUGUGUGUCCGGAUUUUUUUUAUUUUUUAGGUUGCAACAAACAACAAAAAAAAACCUAAAAUUAUUCGGAGAUCUUUCAGCGAUACUGGACUAGGACGUCAUACCACUUAUUUUUAACGGGACCGAUUCCCGUGGCCAGAAACCUCCUUGCCAUCACUGGUGUUACGCACGUCAGCUAAUAUCCAAUCGUUGGACACUGUGUGUGUGUGUGUGUGUGUGUGUUUAUCAUCUAACUAAUCAUAGUGGGUUUUGUAGCGAAACGGUGAAACACAAUGUCAGGACAGUCUAUAACGGAUCGCUUCGCAGCGGCACAGCACAGCAUGACCGGGUCUGCGAUCAGUAAAGCCGUGUGCAAGGCCACGACGCACGAAGUCAGCGGCCCCAAGAAGAAACACCUUGAUUACCUGAUCCACUGCACCAGUGAGAUGAACGUGUCGGUCCCCCAGCUGGCUGACACACUAUUUGAGAGGACAGCCAAUAGCAGCUGGGUGGUGGUCUUCAAAGCUCUGAUCGCUACACACCACCUUAUGAUGUAUGGCAAUGAGCGUCUUAUCCAGUAUCUGGCUUCUAGAAACACCCUCUUCAACUUGAACAACUUCUUGGACAAAGGUGCUCUGCAAGGUUAUGACAUGUCUACGUUCAUUCGUCGGUACAGCCGCUAUCUGAAUGAGAAGGCCAUGUCUUACAGACUGGUGGCUGUGGACUUUACCAAGAUGAAGAGAGGGAUUGACGGUGUGAUGCGCACCAUGAGCACAGAGAAGCUCAUCAAGACGUUACCAAUUAUCCAGAACCAACUAGACGCACUGCUAGACUUCCAGGCCAACCCUAAUGAGUUGACUAACGCAGUCAUCAAUGCAGCCUUCAUGCUGCUGUUUAAAGACUCCAUCCGUCUGUUUGCUGCCUACAACGAGGGUGUCAUCAACCUACUGGAGAAGUAUUUUGAUCUGAAGAAGGGUCAGUGUAAAGAGGCGUUGGACAUCUAUAAGAAGUUCCUGUACAGGAUGACCAAGCUGUCUGAGUUUCUCAAAGUAGCAGAGCAAGUUGGAAUAGAUCAGGGUGAUAUCCCCGAUCUCUCACAGGCAGUUAAAGGAUCAUGCAUUGCCCCCAGUAGUCUCCUGGAGGCUCUGGAGCAGCACCUAGCCUCUCUGGAGGGGAAGAAGACCAAGGAGCUCAGUGCUGACACCAGAGCGUCCACUCUGUCCAGUGCCGUGACCUCUCUGUCCAGUACAGGCAUGUCCUUCAGCCGCAUGGACGAGAAGGAGAGACUGCAGGCCUUGGAAGAGGAGCAGGCCAGACUGCAGGCCCUCAAGGACCAGCGUCUGAAGGAGAUCGGUGUGUCCCUGCCUCCCUCUGCCUCCCCCAGUACACAGUCUAUGGGCAGUGUCAACCACAACACCAACCAGGCCAUGGAGCUAUUCAACACACCAUCCACCAAUAGCAUGCCCAACCUCAGUAGUGAUCUGUUUGACCUACAGCCAGCCUACAUCCCUGUUGUCCAGAGCACUCCUUCCAUCUCUACAGCCGCCAGUGCCUGGGGAGGUGCCGCUGUGCAAGCUGAGUCCUCCAUAAGUCUAGAUUUUGAUGCUGUUUUUGGGGGCGGGGCUAGAGGAAUAGCCAAUAACGGCGUGCAGCCAGCCGCUGAUGGGUUUGAUGCUCUUGGGGACCUGCUGAAGCCCACAGUGUCCAACCAUAACCAGGCUCCCCCCAUGGCCCUCCACCACCCCCACCCAAGUCACCCCCAUCCAGGAUACCACCCAGGGGGCAAGCUGCUGGCCAACGACCUGGACUCCUCCCUCGCCAACCUCGUUGGCAAUCUGCAGUUCGGAGGAGCCCCAGCCAAGAAGCCAGACAUGCAGUGGAGCCAGUCUGGAGAGAAGAGACUAACUGGGGGACACAACUGGCAGAGCAAGACCAUGACCAGCACCACGGCCUGGAACCCUGUUCCCAUGACCCCCGCACCCAUGCCUGUACAACACCUGAAUGGGAUGUUCUAUGCUGGUUAUGCUCCAGCUCCUAUGCCUUUCCCCAUGACCACACCGCAAGUGCCUAUGUAUGGAAUGGUCCCUCAGAUGGGUCAGAUGGGGGGUGUACAGGUGAUGGCCCCCCAGCCCAUGAUGUACAACCAGCCUGUACUCAGACCCACAAACCCCUUCUCCCCCAUGCCUGGAGCCCAGAUGCAGUUCAUGUAAUUUCAUCUGGGGGAGCAGAGCGACGAAAAAUGAUGGCAUAAAACACACAGAGCGGACAAACGAAGAAAAGGGAAACGAAUGAAUGAAAGACUGAGGGGCAGACAGAAAAACCAACCAACCAACACCAAAUACAAGAGGAGAGGAAGAGGGAAGAAGAGGCUGAUGAACCCGGGAGAUGGAGGGUAGAGCAAAGAAGAGUGUUUAUGAUAUUAUAAAGGCUUACCUCUCUGUCUGAAACAGCCAACCCCCCCCAAAAAAAAAAAUAUUGAACCCCUAUAAAUGGAUAGGUCUUUUAGAGUAGACGGUGUGAAGGGGUCAGGUGUGAAAGGUCAUAGGUUCAUUACACUUAGGACCCGUGUGUACAUGGACUUUUUCUGUGUUGGUUUAGUUUGUCUUCGGUGUAGAUGGAUGGAUUACAGCCUGUUAAAAUGACUGGGACUCUCCGAUGUUGUAGGUAUGCUACUGAGCUGAUAUUGAGCACUUUGGCACACACACACAAACAGACAGAGGUGUGAAUCUAGCCAUGGGCAGAACGGACUGAUUUGUUUACAAAUAGAUGGGUAGGUUACCGUUGGAGCCAUCCUCUCUGGUUGGUGAGAUUAGUUACAAACUGGUAGGAUCUUGUGUUCUGGUUUUCUAUCUCUGAGUGUGUGUGUGUGUGUGUGUGUGUGUGCACUGUUUAUAAAAGCAUUACUUAGUGAGCUGGUCUCUACCUGCUUUCUUAGACUAAAAGGUCACCAAAUUAAAGAUGUUUUUUGUUUUCCAACUUUCUCACCAUUACUCAUCAACCGGGUGGAAAUGUUUGUCCCUGCUCGCGAGCCGUCCUUGACUGUUUGCUAGUUCAGAAGAAGCACUUACGGUCUGUAUGUUACCCAGGGGAGGUGUUUCAGACAUGGAGAAGCCAUCACCAGGUGUAAUCAGACUGGAUAGAAAACAUUAAGGACACCCCUCUACCCUCACCAUCAUCCUACCAUCAAUCAGACUGGAUAGAAAACAUUAAGGACACCCCUCUACCCUCACCAUCCUCCCAACUCUCGGCUGCUUCUCAUGUAUUUCUGUCUGUCCAUGGAGAGAGCUAGGGAACUGUUGAGCGCAUCUGAAAUGGCACCCUGUUCCCUAUCAAGUGCACUACUGCCCUAAGGGCCCUGGUUAAAAGUAGGGGCCUACAGUAUUUAGAGAAUAGGUUGCCAUUUGGGAACAUUCCUGGUGUAAAAUGUUUCUAUCCCCUCCUCUCUACUGCGUCUGUAUCUUGUAAAAACAGUUUCCUCAUCCUGCUGUGCCCUCGAAUUUUGACUGAUUCAUGCUUACACACACACACACACACACACACACACACACACACACAGGCAUGCAAUAACGUGUACAUACAGAUGUACACACAUGCAUGUAGCACGUUACACACACACAUGCAGAAACACACACUGAACAAUGUUAGAUUUUUCUGGGAUAAUUCUGGUGGUAAUAAUGUCAAUUUUU